AUGGCUCAACGUAAAAUGCAAAUGAAACGUUAUGAAACUUAUGAAAAUUUAAUAAUUUCACGCAAUCUUCAACGUCCAUCUCAAACAUCAUUAAUUAGUGAACAAUUACGUAAUUUACGUCGAAAAUUUAGUGAUCGAACUGAUGCUAUUAAAGAAAUCAUUGAUCAAUCACCAGAUUUUGAUCAUGAUAAAGGCAGUACUAGUGUUACUGUAUGUGAAGAAUUACAACAAAAACAAUUUCCUCAUCGAUCAAUAUUUUCAUCUGAAAGUAUAAGUCAUGCUUCAACACCUAGUUUAGCUCCAGAAGUUAAUGGAAUAAAACAACGUUUACAAAGAAUUCUUUUACGUUGUAUACGUAAAUCUGAUAUUUGUAAACCAAUUGAUACAGAUAGUAGUUCACAUUUAACUUGGUUACUAUUUGUUGCAAUGGGAUAUUUAUAUAAUUUUAUAUCGAUUCCAUUACGUAUAGCAUUUCCAGUAUGGAAAAAAGGAGAAACAAAUAUUUGGUUAUGGAUGAUAAUCGAUUACUCAUGUGAUGUACUAUAUGUAAUUGAUACAUAUUUUGUUCAAACAAGAAUUAAAUAUUUAGAAAAUGGAUUAUGGGUUACAGCAUUUCGUUUAACAGCAAAGAAAUAUUUACAUUCAUUACGAUUUCUAUUUGAUUGUUUAUCACUUGUACCAUUAGAUUUUUUUUAUUUUCUAUUUGGUUUUCAAGCGAUAUUUCGUUUACCACGUUUACUUAAAUUACAAUCCUUAACAGAUUUUUUUCGUUAUUGUGAUCGUUGGGUUCAAUCAUUUUUUUGCUAUCAACCACGUAGGAGUGCAUAUUCAUAUUCAUUUUAUUAUUGUUUUAAAAUUGCUUCAACAAUUGGAAAUAUUCCAAGUCCAGAAACUGGACUUGAAUAUGUAUUUGUUAUAAUUGGAUAUUUAUUUGCAUUAUUUAUAUUUGCUUUAUUAAUUGGUCAAAUAAGUGAUGUAUUUCAAUCAAUAAAUCAAAGACGUUCAGAAUAUCAAUAUUAA